UCACAUCAGGGAAGAGUGACGAGCUGGGACGAUCCAGGCAGUCCACCUGGAGAUCAACGGCUGGGCGUGGCCCGUCGCUGCGCUGAUAGGAUCCGGUUCUGGAGUGGAGUCCCCGAGGGGUCAGGAGCGGGGGGAGAACGGAGGAGCAUAUAAAAUGCCAAGGCCUCCUUCUCCCUCCGCACCUGGCUUCCAGAGAGGACGAGGAGGGAGGAACACGGGCACAGGGGCGUCCGGAAUUUCCUCCGAUUCCGUUUACCGCGAAACCUCUGCCUCGAAGAAUCCAUUCCUCUGCUUGAUCUGUAUUUCUCCUGGUGGAGAAGAGGAGCGGAGAAUUGCUAGUCCCGGAAGGUGAAUUGGAGGGCGCGGAGGCGCGCGCGGUGUUUUCAGCCCGUCGGGAAAAUGGAGAAAGAGGGGAGAAACCACUACCACACGCGGGGCUCCUCGCGCGGUGGCACCGCGGCGGAGCGCGACCUGCUGUUGCAGUGGGGCAACCGGAAGCGCCUGCGCUGCGUCAAGGUGCAACGUCGCGACGUCGAGGCCGCCGCCACCGCAGCCGCCGAGAAGGCCGCCAUCGGCCAGCGCCGCGCCGCCGCAGCGGCAGCAGUAGCGGCCGCGCAGCACCACCCAACCGGCCAUGCUCAUCACCGCGUCCUCAGGAACUCAGAAGAGUUUGCAACCAUGAAAUCGCCAGCGCAGCAACAGCAGCACAACAGCAUCCACAUGGUUGCUUCACCAGACAGGGAACACGCUGGUAGAGGUAGCAACAACAACGGAGUUCCACAGACCUUUCCAGAUGACAAGAAAGGCUCUUCAUCAGGGAGUGAGGGAUCCAUCUGGCCAAAGUUUGCAAUCGCCCUGUCAAACAGGGAAAAGGAAGAGGAUUUUCUGGUUUUCAAAGGAUCCAAGCUGCCUCAAAGACCCAAGAAAAGAGCCAAAGUCAUCCAGAGAACUGUCAAUUUUGUCUGCCCGGGAACGUGGCUUUGUGACUUGACUCUGGAAAGAUAUGAAGUCCGAGAGAAGAAGGUUUCCAAGAAGCGCCCCAGGGGAUUGAAAGCUAUGCACGAUAUGGACAGCGACUCAGAAUAAAAAAGAGUAACACUGAACGUGAGAAGGUGAGUAUUAGAAAGAAGGCCAGCACAGAUCCAAAUCCAACAGAUGAAGAUUGACGGCAAAAGCGUUCUGAUCGAAUGAUUGGUCAGUUCACCAUUUCUCGCGAUUGCUACUGGAGAUCAAUGUCUUCCAAAAGAACUUGAUGAAAUCGAGGAAGAGAGAAAUGCCAGAAUUUGCAAAGAGCAACACAGAGGGGCUGCAGGAGCAGGAACUUUUACAAGGCUGCUUUUGUUACUGUGAACAUUAGCUACGAUUUACUUCCUCUUGUAAAGCAGCAGCGCAUUUUUGCAAGCCCCUCAUGUUAGUAACGGCCGACUAAAUCUUCCGUUGUCAAAAGCCAAAGUAAUCCCGGGAGCAGUCCAGGUGCACGCGUAAUUUGCCAAGUUCUGACAAUAAACUUCAUAUGAAUCUGAAAGGGCCUUCAGGAACUCCUUUUUUCCCUCUUUUUUUUACCUCCUGGUGCUGUAACUGUUCAGUGUAUAUUCAGUCUGGAGCAUGAGACAGUGUCAAUUGUCAGUUGAUCAGGCAACAUAAAUGAUGGGGGAAUGGGGACCUCUUCUGUAAAAAUAGGAAGUUUUCAGUGAUUUUUAAUUUUUAUUACAGUUCCA